UCUACCAAAUAUAUCUCAAUCGAAUGGUUUUUCACGUCUAUUUGAGCUUCUCAUUUUACUAUAUGUAGUAUUUUCGACAGGAAAAUCACUGAUGAUUAGUUUUAUCAUUCAACCUAUUGUAAUUUUACCUGUUAUAAUUGUGUUGGUAUCUUUGUUGGUUUGGUCAAGUCAUUGAUUAGUUUUCUUCCAUUAAAUAAUUAUACUAUAAAGAGCUGUUUUGCUAAUUUUUAUAAAAAUAUAAAAGAAGAUGGCCAGUUUUUCUUACUUCUACGACAGUGAGCAUCACAUUUACGAGCUGAUCAAGAUCUAUAACAGACAGUUGCCUCACCGGCCAAAACCGUCCAGAAACUCAAAAAUUGGUAAACAGAACAAGCUAAUCACACAGUCGGACAACAUAACAUGUGCUCCCUUUCGCGGAACCGAAUCCUCCGAGCACUCGGUCGAGACCAGUCGAGUCUCGUCUCACAGUCUGCAAAACAAGAGUGGAUCCAGUGGCCGAAUCCAAAGGAACUCGUGUGACAACCAGAGCACUGGCAAUACAGAGGGGUCUCUCUAUGACCGGAUGAAGUCCAAGGCAAGACAGCAGACAAGCUGGGCUAUAGUAUUUGUGACCAUGAUAGUGUUCAUUCCAAUCAUAGGGACACUCUUCAGCUUCGGAGUAUUCAUACCUGCCAUAGAGCCCGACUUCCACGUGCACAAAUCAGUCAUGGGCUGGAUCGCCUCCAUCCCUGUGGCUUUUCUGACAGGUGCCAAUCCACUGUCGUGUUCUCUAAGUGUGCGAUUCGGAUACCGACCUGUCAUCUUUGCCGGUGUGCUCCUAGUAGUGUUCGGACUAUUCAUUGUCAGUGCAGCCAACCAUCCAAUGAUCAUCUUUGUAUCCUACAGUGUAUUUGUGGGAGUUGGGGUGAACUUCGUGUACAACAGCUGCAUGUUGCUUCUGUUGAGCUACUUCUCCAUUGAGGAGACCCAGAAGAACCUCUCCAGGGCAUGUUGCAUUGCCUCGUUCGGAUUCCCCAUUGGACUGCUGGUGAUGAAUCCGCUGGCAGUGCAGUUGCUCAACAGUUACGGCUGGAGGGUGGCACUCCGCAUCAUAGCCAUGAUCUGCUUCUGUGACAUCAUUGCAGUCUACGUCGUCAUCAAACCACCCACAGUGAACAACUUGAUGAACAAGUAUAUUCCUCGUAACAGCAACACUGGGAGUGUGAAGAGGUUCAUAGCGAGACUGAAGCACAGAGAUCUGAUCCUGGACCCCUGUCUCUACCUAUGGCUCACUUCAGUCAUGUGUCUCUGGGUCACAUUAUACUUCGUGCCCAUACAUCUGGUGUCGGACAUGAUGGCGAGUGGGGGCAUGAGUUCGAACCAGGCCAGUUUCGUGCUAGUGGUGGCUGGGCUGAGUGAGCUGGCCGGCAGGGCUCUCUCUGCCACAGUGCCCAACAUGUGCAGUCUCAGAGUGUCCUACUUCCUCCUGCCUGCCUGUUUCGGACUCUCCUGUGCCAACUUCCUAUUCGGAUUUGCCCAGCUUACAUCUACGCAAUACGCCAUCAUCUACGGGGUGUGUGCGGGAGUGGUGAACUCGACUAUGAUCGUGACGUGUAAGGAGUUCUUCGGCAACAAAUACUUCCACGAGGCAUGGACCUACUCGGGAAUAGUGUACAUGUUCUCCACUGUACUCGGAAACACACUCGGAGGCCUCCCAUUUGACCUGACUGGAAAUUACGUAAUGGUCUACAGAGCAUUCGGAGUAAUACACGCUUUCGCUUUCGGUGUACUUCUGUUGGUCAAUCUAAUCAUUUUUAACAGAGAGAGGGCCGAUCAAAUGAACAAUCGGCCACUCGAACAGCGCCAAGAAGUGUCCGCCAUAUACAAAAUAAACUCAUCCGAACUAUUUCCCCGAAAAGUUCUUCAAAAACGGUUUCAGAGGUUCAGUGAGUCGACGGCGCAAUCUGGAAGCAGUAAUACGUUCCAUUUCAACAAUGAUUGUAAUUUUUCGACGACGUUUUCUCGCUACUCGGAGACGGGGAGCAAUCGAGAUCGCAGCCCGCUGAAUUUCGCUCAACCCCGAAAAAGUUCAUUGAGAAAUUCGACGUCAACUGCUUCACCAACUAUAUCUAAUACAACAUUUAACGAGGCAAACACAGGGUCGCAGAAUUGCUCAACAAUUGAACUAUAACAUAAAGUGUUUGAUAGUUUUUAAGUUUGAAUUGAACAACCUGAAUAA